CACCUUAUCCCCGCGCGGGACGCACAUACAGUCAUAAGCUGCAACUACAUACAUACACAACAAACAACAAUAUACACCGCAGAAAAUCACAGAGCUUCAUAACCCAUUGCUUUGUCACAAUUUUCAGAAACAGUUGAAAUAAAGUAAAGAGGCAAAGCAGCACGAUAUUAUCCCCCCAUUUCUUGAAUUUUUGCACUACUGAUUUCGUAUUGGGAGAUGGCAAUUGCACAACCAUUUGAGUCAACUUCGGUGGUGCACCGCCGCCCCUCCUUGAGCACAUCAGCACUUUCUUCCAACUUCAUCCUCUCCCGCAGCAGCACUUGGCUCAGGGCUGAUUUUGGAAUCAAUUCACUCAAGCUAAGCGCCGGUGGAGGAAGAAGAAGAGAAGGAACAAGAGGACUGAGGAGGUUGUGCGUUGGCCCCAGGGCGGCUUUGGGUGGAAUAUUAGGCGGGAUAUUUGGGAAGGACGGUGAUACCGGUGAGUCCACCAGACAGAUGUAUAGUGGCAACGUGGCGCUCAUCAAUAAAAUGGAGCCGGAGAUUUCGACUCUUUCCGACUCUCAAUUGAGGGAAAGGACCUCUGCCUUGCAAGAACGUGCUCGUAACGGUGAUUCCCUGGACUCCCUUUUACCCGAAGCCUUUGCUGUGGUGAGAGAGGCUUCUAGAAGGGUUCUAGGCCUUCGCCCUUUUGACGUUCAAUUGAUAGGUGGAAUGGUUCUUCACAAGGGGGAAAUAGCUGAAAUGAAGACUGGAGAAGGAAAGACUCUUGUUGCUAUAUUGCCUGCUUUUCUAAAUGCAUUGGCCGGGAAAGGAGUGCAUGUUGUAACUGUUAAUGAUUAUUUGGCUCGACGAGACUGUGAAUGGGUUGGUCAAGUUCCUCGUUUUCUUGGACUGAAAGUGGGCCUAAUCCAACAGAAUAUGACAAGUGAACAAAGGAGGGAAAACUAUCUAUGCGACAUCACAUACGUUACAAAUAGUGAACUUGGUUUUGAUUUCUUGAGAGAUAAUCUUGCCACGAGCGUGGAUGAACUUGUUUUGGGAGAUUUCAAUUACUGUGUGAUCGAUGAGGUUGAUUCAAUCCUCAUUGAUGAAGCAAGGACUCCUCUCAUUAUAUCAGGGCCUGCUGAAAGACCAAGUGAUCGAUACUAUAAAGCUGCGAAAAUUGCCACUGCUUUCGAGCGAGAUAUACAUUACACUGUUGAUGAUAAACGAAAAACUGUUUUGCUCACGGAACAGGGUUAUGCAGAUGCUGAGGAAAUUCUGGACGUAAAAGACUUGUAUGAUCCCCGAGAACAGUGGGCAUCAUACAUCUUGAAUGCAAUAAAGGGAAAAGAACUUUUUCUUAAAGAUGUGAACUACAUUAUCCGAGGCAAGGAGGUUCUUAUAGUGGAUGAGUUUACUGGUCGAGUAAUGCAGGGGAGGCGCUGGAGUGAUGGACUUCACCAGGCAGUCGAAGCAAAAGAAGGUCUGCCCAUACAAAAUGAAACCGUGACUCUGGCUUCAAUCAGCUACCAAAACUUCUUUCUCCAGUUUCCAAAACUUUGUGGCAUGACAGGGACUGCUGCCACUGAGAGUGCAGAAUUCGAGGGCAUAUACAAGCUUAAAGUUACAAUUGUUCCCACAAACAAGCCCAUGAUAAGAAAGGUUCACUUUAUACGUAGCUUUUCAAUGAAAAAGAUUGAUGUUUCUCCUUGUACUUACUUUUGUAGAACUUGGGGAAAAAAAAAAAAAAAAAAAAAAAAAAAAAAAUUGUUGUGA